CAGGACAGCUUGCAUUACAGAAAGCCUAUGAGGCACACAGGGGCCAGUCACAAAGAUUUCUCAAGACAAUAUACAAUCGGUUGCGUUAAAAGGAAAAGUGAUAGUCACGUAUCAUAAUGCACUGUCUGAAGACUCUACGGACGGCAAACUCGGGAAUUUUACAGUUAGUUAAAUGUGCUGCAAAAAACAAUGCCGGGCUGUGCAGGACACAGCAACCUGUUCAUCUCCUCUACUGGAGAGCAGCAUCAGACCUCCGGCGGCUGUUUCAUCAACAGGCGGGCCCCGACGAUGACCAGGAACGCAGCAAAAACAGGCUGAUAUCACGACUCGAGGACCUGCUUUUCUACAGCAUCACCGAUGGCAAGGAGACGAUCCCUCUUUCCCAGUUCAUCUCUGCGUUGAAAAAAACAGGUUUGUUGAUGUCUGACCCCCGGCUGCGUGACUGCGUCCACCAGAUACGUCAGUCCACACGUGACUCCACUGGGCCGGUGACGAUGGACCGGAAACUCUUCAGAAAGUGCGUGGGCAACAACAUCUUUUUGCUGACCCAGGCCUUCAAAAAAAAGUUCAUCAUCCCAGACUUUGUGGAGUUUACCAAGCAGAUCAAUGAGCUCUAUGAGAGUGCACAAAGACAGGAAGGAGGACAAGUGGCAGAUUAUAUUCCCCAGCUGGCCAAAUUCAGCCCCGAUCUUUGGGGUGUUUCACUGUGCACUGUGGAUGGGCAGAGACAUUCAGAGGGUGACACCAAGGUUCCAUUCUGUCUGCAGUCAUGUGUGAAGCCGCUGGAGUACGCCAUCGCCGUGCACGAGCUCGGCACAGAGCAAGUGCACCAAUUUGUGGGCAAAGAACCCAGUGGACUGAAGUUCAACAAACUGUCGCUCAAUGAGGACGACAAACCACACAACCCAAUGGUGAAUGCCGGAGCCAUAGUCAUCAGUUCUUUAAUAAAGCCUGUCUCAAAUAAAGCUGAGAGAUUUGACCAUGUAAUGGAGUUUUUGAUAAGUAUGGCCGGCAGAGAAUAUGUGGGCUUCAGCAAUGCAACUUUCCAGUCAGAGAAGGAGACAGGAGAUCGCAAUUACGCAAUUGGCUAUUAUCUCAAGGAGAAAAAGUGCUUCCCUGAUAAUGCGGACAUGAUGGCUGCCCUUGACUUCUACUUUCAGCUGUGCUCUAUCGAGGUCACCUGUGAGUCAGGCAGCGUCAUGGCCGCCACCUUGGCCAAUGGGGGUAUAUGUCCCAUCACACUAGAUCGGGUGUUGAGUGCUGAGGCAGUGCGAAAUACCCUGAGUCUCAUGCACUCGUGUGGAAUGUAUGACUUCUCUGGACAGUUUGCCUUCCAUGUCGGCUUGCCUGCUAAAUCUGGUGUUUCAGGUGCUGUGCUGUUGGUGGUCCCCAAUGUAAUGGGAAUAAUGUGCUGGUCGCCCCCAUUGGACCGUCUCGGAAACAGUGUUCGUGGAAUUCACUUCUGUCAGGAGCUGGUGUCCCACGUCAACUUUCACAAUUAUGACAACCUGAGACACUUCGCUAAGAAGCAUGACCCCAGAAGAAGAUCAGAUGAUGACGACCCAAACAAGUCAGUGGUAAACCUGAUGUUUGCAGCCUUCAGAGGAGACAUCUCUGCUUUGAGGAGGUUUGCCCUUUCAGCUUUGAACAUGGAGCAACGAGACUACGACUCGCGCACAGCCCUCCACAUUGCUGCAGCUGAAGGUCAUGUGGAAGCGGUGGUCUUCCUAACAGAAGUGUGUAAAGUGAAUCCUCACGUGAAAGACAGAUGGGGCAACACUCCUCUGGAUGAUGCGAUGCAGUUUAGCCAUGAUGCCGUGGUGUCAGUCCUGCAACAGUAUCAGAGAGUGUACUCUGACAGUUAUUCUCAGCCCGACACGGAAGAGCAGAAAGCCGCAUUGGAAACGGUAAAAGUUGUGGUUUGAGUGUGCCAUGUAGGAAAAAUGUGACUUCCACGGUUGUACAAGAAGUCCGCCGUUGUAUUCUAGUAAAUACACGAGACCUUUUGCACCAGAUGCGUCUGCAAGGGUAUUGAGUGAUUGAGCAGAUGGGUGAGUGACUUGUUGAUAAGAUAAGGCAGGCUGUAUUAUACUGAUGUUUGGGUCUUCCUUAGACUGUUACUAACUGAAAUAUUGUGCAGUGAAACAAUUGAAUGCAUUUCUAUUGCAUUCAUCUAUAUUGUACAGGCAGUUCAAGAAUGUAAAAUAUCACCAUGAUACUGUAUCUAGCAAUGAUAAUCAACCUGACAAUAACCAAAAAGCAACAAUUCUGCUAAUUAAAAAAUAUAGUUGAUUUUGUUCUCAGUCCUUUU